UGCCGCAAAUCUUUGCGGGGAACAGAGCAGGAGCAGGAGGAGGAGGAGGAGGAGGAGGAGGCGACAGGACAGGACUGGAAUGGGAAAAUCCGCGGCUUGUCUGGCCAGCCUGACGUCAGGAGCAAGUUUAAUAAAGAGCCCCGCAGAGCCGCUCGCAGGCUGACAGUCCGUCUGAGGUGCGCCGAGCCUUGCGCCCCGCGGCACGUUUCAUCUGAGUGGGACUCUUAUUUCGGGGUUCAAUGCAUUUCAUAUUACGCUCCAGUUAUGAGGCUUUACAUGCCCUGGAUUUUAAUCAUUGCCGGAAUUCUGCAGGCAAACUGUCAGAAUUUAACCACCAUGAGCCCAGCGAUCCCAUCAGCAGUGACAGAGGAGUACACAAGGACCCAGUACUGCAAGUGGCCAUGCAAAUGUUCAAAGGUGGCACCGAGCUGUCCUGCAGGGGUCAGUCUUGUGACGGAUGGCUGUGAUUGCUGCAAGACUUGUGCCAAGCAAGUGGGGGAGAGGUGCAAUGAGGCAGACAUGUGCGACUACCACAAGGGACUCUAUUGUGAUUAUAGUGCGGACAAGCCUAGGUACGAAAAAGGAGUGUGUGCACAUAUGGUUGGAGUUGGGUGCGAACACGAUGGUGUCAUUUACCAAAAUGGACAGAGCUUUCAGCCGAACUGCAAAUACAAGUGCAUGUGCACCAACGGAGCCAUUGGCUGUGUGCCCAUAUGUAGAGAUUCAAGGCCACCGCUUGUGUGGUGUCAAAAUCCUAAACGGGUGAAGGUGCCAGGAAAGUGCUGUGAGGAGUGGAUCUGUGAUGAAACCAAGAAGGUCAGGAAAACAGCCCCACGGGAUACGUCUUUUGUGAAUGAGGUCGAGAAUGAAGUGUGGCAUAAAAAUUGCAUUACACAGACCACCCCCUGGAGUCCAUGUUCAAAAACGUGUGGAAUUGGACUUUCAAUGAGGAUUUCCAACGCCAACGAUCAAUGUGAGCUUAUCAAAGAGAAACGGCUCUGCAACCUCCGGCCAUGUGAGGCAGAUAUAACCAAACACAUCAAGCCAGGGAAGAAGUGCCUGUCUGUGUACCGAGAAGACAAGCCCCGGAAUUUCACCAUAUCUGGCUGCAUCAGCAAUAAACCAUACAGACCCAAAUUCUGUGGAGUCUGCACAGACAACCGGUGCUGCAUACCUUACAAGUCGAAGACCAUCGAAGUUCUCUUCGAGUGCCCAGAUGGGUCUGUUUUUUCAUGGCAAGUCAUGUGGAUCAACGCCUGUUUCUGCAACCUCACUUGUAAAAACCCUAAUGACAUUUUUGCAGACUUGGAGCAUUACGUGGAUUAUCAUGAUAUUGGAAAUUAAGAACCUGAAAAGGGAAGUAAUCUGUGCUUCAGAGUUUGCCCUCUAUGGUGUAAGAUUCUGUUUAAAGAACUGUCUGGAGGGGAGUUGCUGUCAAUGAAGGCUUGGUGGGAUGGUGGGAAGGGGAAAAAUGGUGAUGAAGGUCCUAAAAGGUCAAGAUGAAGAUAUCAGAGACAUCAGCCAGUUCUUUGAAGAUGGUGUCUAUAAGCAAGCUAGAAUAAAUUGAAGUGUUUCCUGCUACUUGCUUACUUCUAGAAAUCCUAUGAAGAAGUCUCUUUAUUUUAAAAGAACUAUGCAUUGUGGGAAACGGCCCUUUUCCUAAUGGAAAAAGAAAUAUUCUAAAUGACAAUGUUGUUCUGAAUACAACAGGGCAGCUGCGUAUGAAGCAAACCAAAUUCAGCUAUUUGUAUUUGGAUUUUAUAUUGUACCGGUUAUAUUUUAUAAUGUCAAUGAUGUGCUGUAUCAGAAUUUUUAACACAUAUCUCUUAAGACUUGCCACUGCAAUGAAAAUUUAAUAUAUUGUUAUGCUUUUCAU